CCUGAAUUUUAUAUUGCUGUUUUAACAUGUAAUGAUACAGACGUUUGUAGUGAGCAAGAUCCGGCAUUCCCGAAAAAGUUGAAUAGUUUGGCGGGUCGAGAACUGGUGACUGCCACAAUUCACAACAAACCCCAACAGCAAGAAAAUUACUAUGAAACGGAUAGUGAGUCAAGUGAAGGAAGUCUCGAUUUGAAUGAAGAAACAGAUCAGUUGAAAGCAACGACGAGCGCCGAACGAGAGAAGAGUCCGACGACGACAGAAAAUGAACACAAUUCUGCGGUAAAUGAAACUAAUUCAGAAAAUCUUAUGGAAUCUUGUGUGAAAUUAGAGGAAGAUGAACAGAAUUGUGCUGAUGAUGAAAAGAAUGCCCGGAAUAUCAGUGGCAAAAAUGAUACGAAAAGUAACUCGAAAGAUGAAAAUCUGAAGAAAGUUGAGGAUUAUUUGAAAAGGAAAGUAAAUAAUCGUGUGGCGAAUGAUGAAAGACAUCAUGUGUUAUUGUCGAGAACGAAAGAAAUUGAAUUGCAACGAUCAAAGCUGCCGAUUUAUGCAGAAGAGCAAGUUAUCGUUGAAGCGAUCAACGAGAACACGAAUAACAAGCACAAAAUUGAAUUGAAGUGUGUGGUGAUCAGUGGUGAAACGGGUAGCGGGAAGACAACACAGAUUCCGCAGUUUUUAUAUGAAGCUGGUUAUACGAAUGGUAAUAAACUAAUUGGUAUCACUGAGCCACGGCGAGUGGCCGCAAUCAGCAUGGCAAAUCGCGUGGCGAAAGAAAUGAAUUUGAGCGACACGGUUUCUUAUCAGAUUCGUUACGAAGGGAAUCGUUCUGCGUCCACACGAAUUUUGUUUAUGACUGAUGGAGUGCUAAUGAAAGAAUUACAGAAUGAUAUCAUGCUAUCUGCAUAUUCUGUCAUUAUUAUUGAUGAAGCUCACGAACGGUCGAUGUAUAGUGAUGUUCUAAUUGGAUUAUUAUCUCGCAUCGCUCCAAUUCGAUCUCGAACUGAUUCACCGCUGAAGUUGAUUAUUAUGAGUGCCACUUUGAGGAUUUCGGAUUUUACUCAAAAAUUAUUGUUUCCGAACGAAACACCUCGUAUUCUCAAAAUAGACUCUCGUCAAUAUCCAGUCACGAUACAUUUUGAACGCCGAACACCCAGCGAUUAUUUGCACGCGUCCUUUCGGAAGGUGUGCCGUAUCCACGAAACAUUACCUCUUGGUACUAUACUCGUCUUUUUGAGUGGUCGUUUGGAGGUGAUCCUUUCAUCUGAUUGA